UACUGGAAAUCGUCAGAGUGGCAAGAUGGCUUCCGAACCAAACAAGACUGAAAUCCUUAGUAUUUUCAAAAGAUUAAGGUCUAUUCCCACGAACAAGGCAUGUUUUGACUGUGCAGCAAAAAACCCCAGCUGGGCCAGUAUUCCCUAUGGUGUGUUCUUGUGCAUCGAUUGCUCAGGCAUUCACCGCUCUCUGGGAGUGCAUCUCAGUUUCAUCAGAUCCACUGAGUUAGACUCCAACUGGAACUGGUUCCAGCUGAGAUGUAUGCAGGUUGGGGGCAAUGCUAAUGCGACGGCAUUCUUCCGGCAGCAUGGUUGCUCUACAAAUGACACCAAUGCAAAGUAUAAUAGUCGUGCAGCUCAGAUGUACAGGGAGAAGAUCCGUCAGCAAGCGAAUGCUGCCUUGUCCAAAUAUGGCACAGAUUUGUGGAUUGACACUUCUGCAGGAGGAACCCCUAUACCUACUGAGAAAAAGGAGGCGGAUUUUUUUGCUGAACAUACACAGCUUGCAAGUGACUGGAGCAUGGCUCCGCUCUCUGAGCCAGAGCAGAAUGGAGCUGCCAUCACCCCCCAGCUGACAGACUCAACACCUAAAGUCCAGGAUGAUAACCAACUGGAGGAAGGACCAAGCAUUGAUUGUCUGAGCACAUCACCUAAAGCCUCUAUUGAGGACUCCAUGCGUCUGUCAUCACAGGAGGUACAGACAUCUCGAGAUGUGAAACCUUCCAUCAUUGGAAAAAAGAAGCCCAUGACUUCCAAAAAAGGGCUUGGUGUGAAGAAAGGUCUUGGUGCUCAGAAGGUGAGCAGCAAGAGUUUUUCUGAGGUGGAAAAACAGGCACAAGUGGCCGAGAAGCUCAGAGAGGAGCAGGUGGCUGAGGCAAAGAAACAGGCCGAUGAGUCAAUUGUGGCUUCGAUGCGCUUGGCUUACAAAGAGCUUGAGAUCGACAGGAAGAUGGAGGAGAAGAAGAUUCAGAACCUGGAGGGAAAAAAGAGGGAGCAGGCUGAGAGGCUGGGCAUGGGCUUUGGAAACAGGAGUGUUGUGUCUCACUCGGUGAUGUCAGAGAUGCAGAUGAUCGAGCAGGAAACUCCUGUGGGCGCAAAGUCCUCCUCUCGCUCCAAACUGGACAUGUUUGAUGAACCCGGCUUCACCUCAGGACCGCCAAAGUACAAGGACAACCCAUUCACAGUGGGAGAUAGUUUUGGGUCCCGGUGGGAUACUGAGGGAGGCUCUGCCUCCUUUACCACGUCCUGGGCUCUGGAGAAGGAGGAGCCCAAAGAGGAGGUCACUAUCUCCAGUAUUCAGCCAAUCGGAGAGAGACUUCCCAGCAGAAGGAAAGCUGAGGUGUCUGCUCCUGUUUCGGAGUCGAGUGAGGCCAGGCAGAAAUUUGCCAAUGCAAAGGCGAUCUCUUCAGACAUGUUUUUUGGUCGGGAAACCAGCGCUGAGUAUGACGCCAAGACGAGACUGGAGACCAUGUCUGCAAGCUCCUCCAUCAGUUCAGCUGACCUGUUUGGAGAUGGCAGUGACCCUAAAGGGAGAGCUUCAGGCUUUGACAACAUGCUCCCUGCCGGCCCGGACAUUGCACAGUUCAAACAGGGAGUGAAGACUGUUGCAGGCAAGAUGGCCGUCCUCGCCAAUGGCGUCAUGAACACGAUCCAGGAUCGUUACGGCUCGUACUGAUGGAGACGAGUGCCAGUCUGCGGGAAGAUGAAGUAACUUAACACCGACCAGCCUCCUGAUGGAUGACUCGUGUUUGGACGUACGAGACGUGGCUGGGAUGAGGAGAGGAUUGCAUGAGGAACAGAAACCGUCUUUUCAUCCGCCCCUCUUUUAGAGACACCUUCACGGGAGUGAGACAGUAUUUUCUCUUCUCAUUAGCAGACUCUUGUUUUUAUUUUCAUAAAGAAGAGUUUUGUUGUAAAAUACUUUUUUGGUCUUAAGAGUUUCAAAAGUUAAUUCUUCUCUAUUUUAUUUCCUUCUACAUGAAAUCAAAGUGUUUUUUGAUUUAUUCUAUGAAAUAUUUCACACUCAUGUUUUGUUUUUAUCGUGAUAUUAAAAGUAUAUAUUUUCAGCUUGUAGUGUUAAUCAGAACCAGAGUCAGUGACGUUUGAUUCACUUUAUAAUUUACUUUUGUGCUGAUGACCAGCUGUCGAAUCUCUCUGUGGGAGCUGGGAGUUAUGUGCUUGUGUCUGGAUGAAACUGAUUGUGAACACUGGGGCAUCAGAUCAAUGAUACUAUGUGGUUAUUUAUCAAGUCUCUUUAGAAAAGCAGUAAAUGCAGGAAGUACAGGGUGAAAAUCAGUGUAGUACCUCUGGUUUGGCUUGUGUAGGUGAUCAAGUUUUCAACCAUUCAGACAUUAGCAGAUCAUCGGUCCCAGCUCAUUAACACUGACACUGAUUUACUAUGCAUCUCUCCAUUUUAAACCUUUAAAGACAUUUUUCACUUAUUAAAUAUUCUUGUGGUUGAAUCUGAAGUCUGCCUCCAUUGCA